AUGGGUGGUCUCUACGUCGUCAAGCGCGAUGGACGCGAGGAGCCGGUGGCGUUCGAUAAGAUCACCGCGAGAAUCAAGAAGCUCGCGUACGGGCUCUCCCAAGAGUUCUGCGACCCGGUGAUUGUCGCGCAAAAGGUGUGCAUGGGUGUGUUCGCCGGCGUCACCACGAAGGAGUUGGACGAGCUUGCAGCGGAAACUGCGGCGUCGAUGACUUCCAAGCACCCGGACUACGCUCUGCUCGCGGCGCGCAUCUCUGUCUCCAACUUGCACAAGACGACCGUCAAGUCUUUCAGUGAGACCAUGAAGGUGAUGUACGAGCACGUGAACAAGCGUAACGGCAAGUGGUCGCCUCUCCUUGCGGAUGAUGUCUACGAGAUCAUCAUGGCAAACGCCGAAAAGUUAGAUGCCGAGCUUGUGUACGAUCGUGAUUUCGAUUACGACUACUUCGGGUUCAAAACGCUUGAGCGUUCCUACUUGUUGCGCAUCGACGGCAAGGUCGUCGAGCGUCCGCAACAUUUGCUUAUGCGUGUCUCCAUCGGCAUCCACAAGACCGACAUCGAAAAGGCGAUUGAUACGUACCACAUGCUGAGCGAACGAUGGAUGACGCACGCGUCGCCGACGUUGUUCAACGCUGGUACCCCGCGUCCGCAGCUUUCUUCGUGCUUCUUGAUUUGCAUGAAGGAAGAUUCCAUCGAGGGCAUUUACGACACGCUGAAGGAGUGCGCGUGUAUUUCAAAAUCUGCCGGAGGUAUCGGUUUGUCCAUCCACGAUAUCCGAGCUACGAGCUCUUACAUUCGAGGCACCAACGGAACGUCGAACGGCAUCAUUCCGAUGCUGCGUGUGUUCAACGACACGGCUCGCUACGUGGACCAAGGUGGUGGUAAGCGCAAGGGAGCGUUCGCCAUCUACCUCGAGCCGUGGCACGCAGACAUCUUUGACUGGCUUGACUUGCGUAAGAACCACGGUAAGGAGGAAGCGCGCGCGCGCGAUCUGUUCUACGGCCUGUGGACGAACGACUUGUUUAUGAAGCGCGUCGAGGCGAACGGCGAAUGGACGUUGAUGUGCCCGAACGAGUGCCCUGGAUUGUCUGACUGCUGGGGUGAGGAAUUCGAAACUCUGUAUGAAAAGUACGAAGCGGAGGGUAAGGGUAAGAAGACCAUCAAGGCUCAACAACUUUGGUUUGCCAUCCUCGAGUCCCAAGUUGAGACCGGUAACCCAUACAUGCUCUUUAAGGAUGCGUGCAACCGCAAGUCUAACCAACAAAACCUCGGCACGAUCAAGUCCUCCAACUUGUGCACAGAGAUUGUUGAGUACACGAGCCCGGAUGAAACCGCCGUGUGCAACUUGGCUUCCAUCGCUCUGCCGCGCUUCGUGAUCGAGAACAACCCGUCCUCGCCCACUGGUCGCACCGAAACCAAGAAGCUUGUCGGUUCUCUCAAGUCGAAAGAGCGUUUCUUUGAUCACUCCAAGCUCUUUGAGAUCACGCGCAAGGUCACGCGCAACCUCAACCGCAUCAUUGAUGUCAAUUAUUACCCAGUUGAAGCUGCGAAGAAUUCAAACAUGCGUCACAGACCGAUCGGUCUCGGCGUCCAAGGUCUUGCGGACGUGUUCAUUCUCCUCGGUCUGCCCUUUGACUCUCCUGAGGCGCAAAAGCUUAACGCCGAGAUCUUCGAGACGAUUUAUUUCGCCGCUCUCACUGAGUCCAACGCGCUCGCCGUUGCGGAGGGCCCGUACAGCACGUACGAAGGAUCUCCGGUGAGCAAGGGUGUCUUGCAACCAGACAUGUGGGGCUUGACGGAAAUGCCGGGUGGUAACCGUCACGAUUGGGCCGGUCUCCGCGCGUCUAUCGCCCAGCACGGCGUUCGCAACUCUUUGCUCGUCGCUCCGAUGCCGACCGCGUCUACGUCUCAAAUUCUUGGCAACAACGAGUGCUUCGAGCCGUACACGUCGAACAUCUACGCUCGCCGCGUGUUGUCCGGUGAGUUUACCGUCGUGAACCAGCACUUGUUGUCUGAUCUCACUGAGCUUGGCCUGUGGGAUCCGGAGCUGAAGAACGAGCUCAUCUCGAACAACGGUUCCGUGCAAGACUUGGACAUUCCGGACAACUUGAAGAACAUUUACAAGACGGUGUGGGAGAUCAAGCAACGUGUUCUUGUUGACAUGGCCGCGGAUAGAGGCGCGUUCAUUGAUCAGUCUCAGUCCUUCAACGUGCACAUGAGCGAUCCGAACAGCGGUAAGCUCACCUCCUUGCACUUUUACGCGUGGAAGAAGGGCCUGAAGACCGGCAUGUACUACCUGCGCUCUCGCGCGGCUGCGGAUGCCAUCAAGUUCACUGUCGACGCGACCAAGACGAAGAGCAAAGUGAACAAGGAAAACGAAGCACCGGCAAGCCCGAGAAAGCCGACCAAGGCUGACCUCGAGAAGAUGACCGAUGAGGAGAAGGAAGCGUACUUGGCAGCGAAGUUGCAGUGCAGUUUGCAAAACCGUGACGACUGCGUCAUGUGCGGGAGCUAA